AUAAGAAGGGGUUCCCGUCGGGCAUCACUGCCCGACCAACCCUUCUAUUUUGUGGAUUCCGUUUCGAUUCGCGUCUCCAUUUCUCGCUGGUCUCUCUCUAUCUCGCUAGGUUUUGGAGCAAGGGUUCUUCUUUCCGGAUCGAUCGAGUCGCUGGAAGAUGGCCGAUGCCAGCCACCAAUCCGAUGAGAUCAGCCAGGAGCAUGAGGAGCCCAAGUUCAAGUACCUGGAUUUCGUGCACGUGGCGGCGAUGCAGGCGGUGAUGUACUUGGCGAGCCUCUACGACUUCGCCAAGGAGAACUCCGGCCCGCUGAAGCCCGGCGUCCAGACCGUGGAGGGCACCGUCAAGACCGUCAUCGGUCCCGUCUACCAUAAGUUCCAUGACGUCCCCGUCGAGCUCCUCAAGUUCGUCGAUCGCAAGGUGGACGUCUCGGUGCAGGAGCUAGAGCGGCACGUGCCAUCGCGGGUGAAGUCGGCGUACACGGCGGCGCAGAAGGCCCCCGCUGUGGCACGUUCCGUAGUCGGCGAGGUCCAGCGGUCCGGGGUGCUGGCGACGGCGGCCGGCAUCGCGAGGGCGGCGUGCAAGCGCUACGAGCCGGCGGCCCGGGAGGUGUACAAGAAGUGCGAGCCGGUAGCGGAGGGGUACGCGGUGGCGGCGUGGCUGUCGCUGAACCGGCUUCCGCUGUUCCCCCAGGUGGCGCAGAUUGUGGUCCCCACGGCGGCGUACUGGUCGGAGAAGUACAACCGGGCGGUGGGGUGCGCGGCGGAGCGGGGUUACUCGGUGGCGCAGUACAUGCCGCUGGUCCCAACUGAGAGGAUCGCCAAGGUCUUCCGGAACGAGGCGCCGGCGUCGCCGGCGGAGUGAGGCCAAACGGCGGUGGCUUGGAAUGUGGAGUUUGAUGACGACGGCUGGCGCGGAAGACGCGUGAUGUAAAGAAAUUGUGGGGGAAAAAUUUUCUUUUCUUUGCUUUUCCUUUUCAUUUGCAAGUUUGUUUCUUGUUGUGGUGGUGGAUAAGAGUGGGGUCUGUUUGUAGGAUGGACGGGGUCUUCGAUGUGUUUGGUUGGGGCUACUAAUGGUUUAAUAAUAGUUGCUGGAACUAGCGUUAGGCCACCGAAUUUU